GCCUUUUACCGAGCAUAUUAUUUAAUUUGCAUUGCGAUCACACUUUCACAUUGAGUAAGAUAUCUACGAUUUUACUAAAAUCUGCCUUAGUAUUGGGAACUCUGUAUUUCUUAUGCUAUGCUGCAUUUGUUUAUCGUUUUUGAGGCGCCCUUCUCUUGUUAGUUUUACGGUAGUCUGCGGGGUAAUUGAAUCCUUGGUAUUCCGAUGUCCACAGGCAGCAGUGAGUACUUUCCACCAAGUCGGUCGUAUGCUUGCCAAAGCAACCAAAAACAGAUACUCCAAAUAAUCCCUGGGCUUUAUAAUUAGCAUUUAUCUAUUACAUACUUUUAUUUACAUAGGCCUUAACUCAUUUAUGUAUUUUGGAUAUAAUAAACAUUCGUGCGUUUUCUUUAACCCGUUGGAUCUAAUUAUCCGAAUAUUAUUGUAAUAAUGAACUUAAAGUGAAGACUCGAAAAAUUAUAAUAAACCUAAAGUUACCAAUGUAGUCAAGGACUUUCCUACUGCCGAAUGCUAACUUGUAUGCAAACUAAUGGUAAACUAAUGCCAAACAUUUGUAGUCACUUAUUGUGAGCGGACGUGGGAUUUGUAACAAAAUUUAUAUAAAUUUAAAUUGCAAUGCAUAAUAUUUAUAAAAUAAUAGCGUGUUUUGCGCUGAGAUUUUCUGUGGUGUUUUCUGCAGACCCUACACCGGUGGAACAAUGCCCAGGUCAGCGUUUUGAGGAUUUAAAAGACAACAUCCAAGUCAUUCCCUGUGGUAAGAAGACAUGCAAACUGGUUGUAAAUACAAAUACCACGGUGAUUUUCAAAUUUACACCAACGGAAGAAGUAAAGGAACUCGUGAACGAUGUUUAUGCUAGCAUUGAAGGCCUACCGAUUCCUUUCAUCGGCGUCUCAGGAGUUAGUGCAUGUUCCAACAUAAUAAGGGUGGAUACCGGAGAAGCAGCACCGUGCCCUUUAGCUCCAGGCGUACAAUACAGCUACGUAAACAAAUUCUUCAUUCAACCAUUUUACCCUACUAUCUCAAUGCGAGUGCACUAGAGUCUUAACGAUGGUGAUAAGAAAAUAACGUGUUUCGAAGUUCCCGCUUUGAUCACUACCAAAUCAUCUAAACGUUCAUAAUUUUAAUAUUUUAGAACUAUUUCAUAUACCUAAAUGUGACUGGUUUAAUUCGUGUUACCUAUGCUAUGGUUACACUUUUGUUUUAUUUUUAAUAGUUUUAUUCAUUAAGGUUUUUUUCAGUGACCCGGUAGUAAAACAUGCCCUCCAUAA